UUCAAAAUAAUUCAAAUAAAAUGUUUCCAAAACAGUUGUCUUUGCCAAAAACAAUACCCUCAAAAUCUUCAAAUCCAUUUUUUAUAUUUCUACAUGAAUUUCGUCAAACUUUAAAAGAAAAUUCCUCGGGUACCUCCCAAAAAGUAACACAAGUUGCUCAAAUGGCGGGAGAGAAAUGGAGACAAAUGUCUAAUAAUGAUAAAUUGCUAUAUUUAGUAUGGGCUCGUAAAAAUCAACAGCAAAAACUGUAUAAAACUAAAGAAUAUCAGAAUAAUGCUAAGAAGUACAUAAGGAAUCUGAAGAAGCCAAAGAAAAGAAUCAGAAAACAACUUAAAUCUUUUGUAGAUCUUUCAAAUUACAUCAAUUAAAUGCUAAGGGUUCUUGUAGAUCAUCUUGAUGAUGAU